AUGCAACGAGCUCCCGAUGGUGGCGGACGCGGUCUCGGAGUGUUCGAAUUUCAUGAUCAACAGGUCAAAGCGGAGUCCAUCCAAGUAAACAACCCCAUUCUGGCCGCGUUUAUCAGAGAGAAGAAACAGAUGGAGGACAAGACUUUUGACGACUUGAUUGGCGACUUGAAGGGCCCGUUGCCGUAUCCUCAGGCAAAGCCGUUCCGCUUCAAAAGGACUACCGCCUCUCCUUCUUUAAAAUGCUCAGCUACAAUCAAGGAGGCUUUUGCCAGAGACGUUCUAGUCUCAGCCGCAAAGAAGGCCGAGGGGCAUGUGUCGCAGCUGUGA